AUGACUCUAGCCUGGAGACAUUUAUUGAGAGCCUUGUACCUUGAGACCUCCUCUCUCAGGAUCCCCAAGACUUGCUCUUUUCUGAACUUAUGUGCUUCCUGGACACCUGUAUCCAAACUCUCUCUUCAUACCAAACCCAGCAUGCCACCAUGUGACAUCUUGCCUGAAAGAUAUCAGUCCCUUACCUACAGCCGUGCCCUGGAGAUCCACAAGCAACAUCUUUCUCCGAUGGUGACGGCAUAUUUCCAGAAGCCCUUGCUGCUCUACCAGGGACACAUGGAGUGGCUAUUUGAUUCUGAAGGAAACAGAUACCUGGAUUUUUUUUCUGGGAUUGUUACUGUCAGUGUUGGUCACUGCCACCCGAAAGUAAACAUGGUGGCCCAAAAGCAGCUUAACCGUCUGUGGCACACAAGUUCUGUCUUCUUCCACCCUCCAAUGCACGAAUAUGCAGAGAAGCUUUCUGCACUUCUUCCUGAGCCUCUUAAGGUCAUUUUCUUGGUGAACAGUGGCUCAGAAGCCAAUGACCUGGCAAUGCUGAUGGCCCGAGCACACUCAAAUAACACAGACAUCAUUUCUUUUAGAGGAGCCUACCACGGAUGUAGUCCUUACAUACUUGGCUUGACAAAUGUAGGAACCUUCAAGAUGGAACUCCCCAGUGGGAUGGGUUGCCAAUCAACAAUGUGCCCAGAUGUUUUUCAUGGCCCUUGGGGAGGAAGCCACUGUCGAGAUUCUCCAGUGCAAACAAUCAGGAAAUGCAGCUGUGCACCAGGUCAACUGGGCAGGGAGGAAGUUUUUUCUCACAUUUUCAAAUGCUGUGGUUUGCGUAUAUGUGUGUUUUGUUUGUUUGUUUGUUGGUUUGUUUUUGCAGACUGCUGCCAAGCUAAAGAGCAGUAUAUAGAACAGUUCCAAGAUACUCUGAACACUUCUGUGGCCAAGUCAAUUGCUGGAUUUUUUGCAGAACCAAUUCAAGGUGUGAAUGGUGUUGUCCAGUACCCCAAGGGGUUUCUAAAGGAAGCCUUUAAGCUGGUGCGAGAGAGGGGAGGUGUGUGCAUUGCAGACGAAGUGCAGACAGGAUUCGGAAGGUUGGGUUCUCACUUCUGGGGCUUCCAAACCCACGACGUGCUGCCUGACAUUGUCACCAUGGCUAAAGGGAUUGGGAAUGGCUUUCCCAUGGCAGCAGUUGUGACUACUCCAGAGAUUGCCAAAUCUUUGGCUAAACGCCUGCUUCACUUCAACACCUUUGGAGGGAACCCCGUGGCCUGCGCCAUUGGAUCUGUCGUGCUUGAGGUGAUUAAAGAAGAAAAUCUACAGGAAAACAGUCAAGAAGUUGGUACCUACAUGUUACUAAAACUUGCUAAGCUGCGGGAUGAGUUUGACAUUGUUGGAGAUGUCCGAGGCAAAGGCCUCAUGAUAGGGAUAGAGAUGGUGCAGGACAAGAUGAGCCGUCAGCCUCUUCCUCGUGAAGAAAUAAAUCAAAUCCAUGAGGACUGCAAAGACAUGGGGCUCCUAGUGGGAAGAGGUGGCAUUUUUUCUCAGACUUUCCGCCUUGUGCCACCAAUGUGCGUCACUAAACCAGAAGUGGAUUUUGCAGUGGAAGUGUUUCGUUCUGCCUUAAUUCAACACAUAGAAAGAAAAGCUAAGCAAAAAUUUUAGAAAUAAGAAACCACAAGCCACAAAAACUUCCCACUUAUGAGCAAGAGUAAAUUUGAGGAAUUUCAAAGCCACUAGUAUUAAGAGAAAAUCUGUAGCUCUCCACAGGAGUUGUAAAAGACCUACCAGCCAUAUUUGUUAACAGAGAUCCUACU